GGCAGCAGCAGCAGCAGCCAACAGCCAAGACUCAUCCACCGGUGUCAUGGCUUCCUAACAGUCGAGGGGACUGAAUGAGAGCGAAAACAAGCCCUGCUGUCUCCCAGGCCCCGACGCGCUAUCACAGUUUCCUCACUUAAUCGAGGAGGGGGGACCCUCGCUUGUCCCCCAGGAUAGAAUCUUUUUCUGUUUAUUUUUACAUUAAAUUUUUUGAGAAUUUGAGCGUUCAAUCUCUCCCGACGUUUCAAGGCAAGCACCGCGGUGGUGGAAGAUGGCCGACCCGGCGGAGUGCACCAUUAAAGUGAUGUGCCGUUUUAGGCCUCUCAACAGCUCCGAGGUGACCAGAGGAGACCGGUACAUUCCCAAGUUCCAAGGGGAAGACACGGUUAUUAUCUCGAGCAAGCCGUAUAUGUUUGACCGAGUCUUUCAGUCCAGCACGACACAGGAGCAAGUGUACAAUGCCUGCGCCCAAAAGAUUGUCAAAGAUGUUCUUGAGGGAUACAACGGGACGAUUUUUGCCUACGGCCAAACGUCCUCUGGGAAAACACACACCAUGGAGGGGAAUCUCCAUGACACAGACGCUAUGGGCAUCAUCCCCAGGAUAGUGCAAGACAUCUUCAAUUACAUCUACUCAAUGGACGAGAACCUGGAGUUUCAUAUCAAAGUUUCCUAUUUUGAAAUUUACUUAGACAAGAUCCGGGACCUGUUGGAUGUGUCAAAGACAAACCUGUCAGUGCACGAAGACAAAAACAGAGUACCCUAUGUGAAGGGUUGCACCGAGCGCUUUGUCUGCAGUCCAGACGAGGUCAUGGACACUAUCGAUGAAGGCAAAUCCAACAGACAUGUAGCAGUCACAAACAUGAAUGAGCACAGCUCCAGGAGUCACAGCAUCUUCCUGAUCAAUGUCAAGCAAGAGAACACCCAAACAGAGCAGAAGCUGAGUGGGAAAUUGUACCUGGUGGAUCUGGCCGGUAGUGAAAAGGUCAGCAAAACGGGAGCGGAGGGAGCUGUACUAGACGAAGCCAAGAACAUCAACAAGUCUCUGUCAUCCCUCGGCAACGUCAUCUCUGCUCUGGCAGAAGGAACAGCUUACAUCCCGUACCGAGACAGCAAGAUGACACGUAUUCUUCAGGACUCACUGGGUGGCAACUGUCGCACCACAAUUGUCAUCUGUUGCUCGCCUUCCUCAUACAACGAGGCUGAAACCAAAUCUACCCUCAUGUUUGGACAAAGAGCAAAGACCAUCAAGAACACAGUGACAGUGAACAUAGAGCUUACAGCAGAGCAGUGGAAGCAAAAGUACGAGCGGGAGAAAGAGAAGAACAAGACCCUAAGGAAUACCGUCACCUGGUUGGAGAAUGAGCUCAAUCGCUGGAGGAAUGGUGAGAGCGUGCCAGUGGAGGAGCAGUUUGACAAAGAGAAGGCCAAUGCUGAGGUGCUGGCCCUCGACAACAUCCUGAAUGACAAGCCAGCGUCCACGCCCAACGUGCCCGGCGUUCGUCUCACUGACGUAGAGAAGGACAAAUGUGAGGCCGAGCUAUCCAAGCUCUACAAGCAGCUGGACGACAAGGAUGAAGAGAUCAACCAGCAGAGCCAGCUGGCCGAGAAACUGAAGCAGCAGAUGCUGGACCAGGAGGAGCUGCUGGUAUCCUCACGACGUGACCACGAGAACCUACAGGCCGAGCUCAACCGCCUGCAGUCGGAGAACGAGGCCUCCAAGGAGGAGGUCAAGGAGGUGCUGCAGGCUCUGGAGGAACUGGCCGUCAACUACGACCAAAAGAGCCAAGAGGUGGAAGACAAGACCAAGGAGUUCGAGGUCAUCAGUGAGGAACUCAGCCAGAAAUCGUCCAUCCUGUCGUCUUUGGACUCUGAGCUACAAAAGCUGAAGGAAAUGUCCAACCACCAGAGGAAGAGGAUGACAGAAAUGAUGUCAUCACUUCUCAAAGACCUUGCAGAAAUCGGCAUCGCUGUGGGCAGCAACGACAUAAAGCAGCACGAGGGUGGCAGCGGUUUGAUCGACGAGGAGUUCACAGUCGCCCGUCUGUACAUCAGCAAGAUGAAGUCAGAGGUGAAGAGCAUGGUGAAGCGCUGCAAGCAGCUGGAGGGCACUCAGUCUGAGAGCAACAAAAAGAUAGACGAGAACGAGAAGGAGCUGGCCGCCUGCCAGCUGCGGAUCUCACAGCACGAGGCUAAGAUCAAGUCCCUGACGGAGUACCUGCAGAACAUUGAGCACAAGAAAAGACAGCUGGAGGAGAAUGUGGACUCGCUCAAUGAAGAGUUAGUCAAACUCAGUGCUCAAGAGAAAGUACAUGCCAUGGAGAAGGAGAACGAGAUCCAAACCGCCAACGAAGUCAAGGAAGCCGUGGAGAAGCAGAUCCACUCUCACCGCGAGGCUCACCAAAAACAGAUCAGCAGCCUGAGGGAUGAGCUGGACAACAAGGAGAAGCUCAUCACCGAGCUGCAGGACUUGAACCAGAAGAUCAUGCUUGAGCAGGAGAGGCUGCGAGUGGAGCAUGAAAAGCUCAAGUCUACCGACCAGGACAAGAGCCGCAAGCUGCAUGAACUCACGGUGAUGCAGGACAGGCGGGAGCAGGCCAGACAGGACUUGAAAGGUCUGGAGGAGACAGUGGCUAAGGAGCUGCAGACCCUGCACAAUCUGAGGAAGCUUUUUGUCCAGGACUUGGCCACACGAGUGAAAAAGAGUGCCGAAAUGGACUCUGACGACACUGGGGGCAGCGCUGCCCAAAAGCAGAAAAUAUCCUUUCUUGAGAACAAUCUUGAGCAGCUCACCAAGGUUCACAAACAGCUGGUUCGUGACAAUGCAGACCUUAGGUGUGAGCUUCCGAAACUGGAAAAGCGCCUUCGUGCUACAGCUGAGCGGGUCAAGGCGCUGGAGUCUGCACUGAAGGAGGCCAAGGAGAACGCCGCACGUGACCGCAAGCGCUACCAGCAGGAGGUGGACCGCAUCAAGGAGGCCGUUAGGGCCAAGAACAUGGCCAGGCGGGGACAUUCGGCACAAAUCGCCAAGCCGAUCAGGCCCGGGCAGCAGCCGGUGGCGUCACCCACGCACCCCAACAUCAACCGCAGCGGGGGAGGUUUCUACCAGAACAGCCAAACUGUGGCCAUCAGAGGCGGCGGCGGCACUCCCAAAACAGACAAGAACUAAAUCAAGCAGGAAAGACGAAGGAUGACACCAGAAGAAGCCAAUAUCCUCCAUCCCCCCCGCCCCCCACUCUCGGCCCUCCUUGCGCCCCCUUUGCCCGCCAUUCCAAUACAGCUUCACAGCCGCGCAGGAGUGAGUGUGCGGACUAUAAAUAAGUAUAAAUAGGAAAUACUCCUGGCUGUACAGCUCUGACUCGCUUACACACGUGUCACCGCCACAACAACAACAAAAAGAAGACCGUGCAUUGAGUUUACAAAGUGAGCGACUAAAAUUGAAUCCCGACACCCAAACAAGCGAAAUGUCUUGAUGAGCCGCAGCGGCAAAAACCGCACAACUGCUUGAAUGUCCAGCCUUCCUCUCUGUUUUCUUCGUUUUUUGCACAUGUCUGUCAUUGUAGUCGUCGUGCGAGUAGUUGUGCACUGCUGCCCCCUGCCACACUACCCCACUUUUCCCGCCUUCCACACCCGAGCUGAAUGUAUUACUAAUGUAAUAAAUAGUCAAAGACAAAAAAAAGGAAAAAUCCUAUGUGGGCUAAAUAAACAAAGCCGCUUACAUUUUCAAGCUUGCGGCACACAUUCUCAACUUUAAGGAAAAACGAUAUAUAUAUAGUGUAUGUAUGUAUACAGGGUGGGCCAAAUCGGUCGGUGACACAGUAAAUGCUUUCAUUUGGUUCAAUUUAUAGGUGGUCUUGUCCUCGCUGACAUUACAAAAGAUGUUUAUUCAGGCAUCGUUCUUUCUCUAAUUCAAAUUACUUGACGGCAUUCCUUCCGCGCUUCCAUCCUUCCUUCCCCCCUCUCUCGCUUUCUACCCUUCCAUCCAUUUUAACCCAUCCCUCUCCAUCCUUUCCUUCCUUCCCCACCUUUCCUUUCAUCCCCACCUAACAUCAUCCUCCCUCACAUAAUUGGUCAUUUCCUUCACAUUGUUAAUUGAGAGCAAUUGUCUGCUUCCUUAUAGUCUCGUCAGCCGAGCCGUUGAAAGCUUUGUGUUACCGACUCUGCGACUGUCCAGUGUCGUUUUUGUUGUACAGAAAUUUGCCCCAACUUUGUCAGCGCGCCGCUCAUCUUGCACUAACACAGUCAUGGAGGCGGACAAAAAAAGGCAGCAGCCAAGACUUGCAAACGUGUACUGUAGAUUUAUUUAAGUGGACACGUGUGGAGGCCAAUUGUUUUUAUGCUUAACUUAAAUCUGCGAACUCGUUGCGUCACAAAAAACAGAACGGACGCCAGUGAUCCAGUCCACGCUUUUUAACGCCCGCAAACUAACUCUGUCAAGCUAAGUGGUGUUUUUACUCAUCAUGACGACUAUUUAUAGCCAGUUUGGCCAUUUUAUCCUCCUCCCCCAAAUGCCUAUAUGCUCAUUUGAAUGGCCUGGAUGCAUCCCGUAGUCCUCACGUACUCAACAGAGGGAUUCAAACACAAGUCGUCACAAAGGUUUAUUUAAGUCAAUAAAAAGGUGUAGGAUUUUCUAUGUUUUUUUUUUGUUUUUUUUCCCCUCGGGUUUUGUUGUCCCCUCUUUUCUUUACCCAGUGAGUCCACAGUGCGUUUUUACUGAGGACUAUUAAGCCCACACUACUGAAAGAAAAAUGUAAAAUGCAUAUGAUAUAAAUCUGGGAUGAAUUAAGACCAGGUCUAAAAUUUAUUUUUAAGGGCAAGCUUUUUGACUAAGAGCUGAUAAUUUUUCUGGUGAAAACUAGUCUGAUUGUUCUGAGAAUAAAAAACUUUAUUGGGGGAAAAAAAAUCAUUGAACAUACAAUAUACUAUAUGUUUAUUCUUUACCCCAGAAAUGUUCACCCUUAAUUAAAGACUUGCUUUGGAGAAAAAUAAUGGAAGUAGUAUCACUGUCUUGAAAAGAUAACUUUUCUCUCUUAAAAUAACUCUGAAUAAUGGUUUUUAUCUUUGGGGGUUGGGGAAUCCAAUGGAAAUGAUUAAUCUUUUGAGUUGUUCCCGGUGGGUUUUUUUUCUCUUUCUGGGUGUGGCCUUAAUAAUCCUUUGGUGCGUUGUAAUCCCAGCAUGAAGACGCUAACACCACGUGCAAGUGCAAUAUAUACUGUAAAAUACACUGAACAACACACACACCCUCAUGUAAUAUUUACCAUAUGAAAGAAAACAUGAUCCACUUAUUUAAAGAUGAAAAUAUUUCAACAUGAACUUGACAUAUGUACAGCUAGCAAUUAGCAUCUAGCUUUGAAAGCACUCCAUCUGUUUAGGAUUCAAAUCCCACAAUAGGCUGGACGCUAGCGCUCCCCUACCCCCUUGCGUCUGUAAAAGGACAGUGUAUGUAUAGAGGCGCCCCCUCCCACCUUCUCUUUGUAAUCUUCCCAUGAAUCAAGUAGACUAGCAUGGACCUUGAAAUGUUUCUCCUGUCUUUCACCUUCCACCAAAAACUGGAUAUGAAAUGGAAACAUAGUUUAAAGAGUAAAUAAAUGACUACAAUUAAACAAUAUUCGUGGCUUCCAUUGAACUUAUUUCAAAAUUAAAGGUUAAAAAAAUGCCACUUUUUUUUUUUAUUACUGUGUAAUAGUUGGUCCAUUUUUAAAGGGUUGUUGUUGUUGUUGCUCGGGGGGGAAAUCCAUUAGUGGACAAAAGGUACUGGAUCAUUCCUGGCUAACUGGGGCACAAAGUUGGAGUUGUGACAGAUGCAGACGAGAUCACCCGUUUUGUCGUUUGUUUUUUCGUUUGUUUUGUUUUGGGGAUUGACUGCAUGAUGUAAAUGUAUGUGUGAUUAAAUAAUUAUCAGUAAACAUGUUCA